AUGAUGUACAUAGAAAUACACCUGACCCUUGGAACAUUGGCAUUUGCCUUCUUUAUAGCACCCUCAGCAGCUUCUACAGAGUCAGUAACCAUUCCCAAAGAGUUGAGCACAGUGACUGCUAGGCUUUCAGUCAGUUCCACAAGCUGUAGUGUUACCUGUGGCCUGGGCUAUAAGGUAGAGGAAGUAUGUGACAUUGGACCUGAUGGUAAAAGAAGAUAUUGCUCCCUGCUGCGAUCUGAAUGCUUGACCAACUGGCUUUGUGGAGUGCGGCACUUUACUGUCCUUGUUGGUAAGCCAUUUAAAUUCAGCUGCCUGACCUCUGAGGAGAUUGGCCCUGAGACUCAGAGCUUUAGCUAUACCUGGAGGCUGGCAAGAGGUAUCAUCACCACAGAUGAUGCUCAUUUUGUGCCUUUCAAGACUCCCAGUUACAUCAUUAAGCUUUCCCCUACUGAAGAAUAUGAUGCAGGGACCUACAGAUGUGAUGUGCAGCUCAUGAAAACCUACAAACUAGUCAAGAGAAUCUAUUUUGGGCUUCGCGUAAUACCUGGUAACUUGGUGGAUCUCAACUUUGAAAAAUCGUUGAUUCUGGAACAGAAAUUAGAAGACAAGGAAAAAAACCAACAGAAUGUGAGUGUUGUUUUUCAUAAGUGGCAGCAUUACUCCUGGCGACAGAGAGCAUUGCUUGUGUUUCUAGUAGGCAUAGGAAGUGGUGUGUUAGGAGGAAUCUUGUUGGGCAUCUUUCUCCAUUCUUUGCUAAAGAAUCGUAGUGAGUCUAAAAGGGUGGACAAAUGA